CUAUUCACACAACAAAAGCCCUGCUCACAUUUUCACCAACUAUUCAAUUUCUUCUACCCAAAGCGCUCUAGCUUUGAUCUUUCCACCUAUAAUACUUUCAUGUUCUUUCUAAAUAUUCUACCUUGAAUUUUCACAACUCGCCGAAAUGCCAAAAAUUAAAUAAGAAUAUUUCUAAUAAUAAUUAAUUAGAGAUGUACCGAAUAUUCGGUCGGCCAAAUAUUCGGCGCCGAAUAACGCCCAAAAACCGUUAAGCCGAAUAUUCGCCCCACCGAUUAGUUGAACUAAGUAUUCGACCGAAUAGGCAGAAUAUUCAUUUUUAAAAUUUAUACAAUAACAAUCUUGUCAAAUUUUUCAAAUGAUAUUGGAUAAUUUAUAAAACAUCCAAAAGUAAUGUUGAAAAAUCUGCACAAUCAUCAAAAACGCAUGGUUUUAAAUAUUUGAAGUGUAUUCGUGUAUCUCUCAUUGAAGAUCGUACAGGAGGAUGCUGACAAAUAUUGCUUUAUACUUUGAUUAUCGUUUAUUCCAGAUUUUCUUGAUAUAUAAAGGCUUGCCAAUAAAUCCAAUAAAGAAUUAGAGAUAAGUUAAAUCUGGCUGGGAUGCCUAUUGUUUAAAAAUUCUCAGAAUAUUUGCUAAAUCAAAUAAUAAACUCAAAGUUCUUUUCGAAAAUUUUAAGAUUUUGUGUUCAAAACUAUAUUUGAAAAAUUUCAAAAAGGAACACAUUUUUUCAAUCCUUAGAUACGUUUUUAACACUGCUACUGUGAUUCAACGAAAACUUAAAAUUUCAAGUAAUUUUCUAACUUGUUUCUCUUAUAUAUUUCAGAUUAAGCCUAGAUUUUGUUCAGAUUUGGUUUUUGGAAACGUGUGAUAGAAAGUAUGGUACGCUUAAUGUUUAAAUUCAUUUUUAACAAAUGUGUUGAAGAUAUGUUGCUCAAAUUCGACCUUCACUUAAAUCGAUAACAAAUAAGCAAUUUCAAGUUGUUUGGCACCUGUUUCGACAUGUUUUAUCCCAGAUUUCACAGGAACCCAGUAUCUUUGAUAAUAAACAAAGACAUUUGAAAAUCAGAGAUACCCUACUUGAAAAAGAUUUUGUUAUAUACAUAUCAUCUUGUUGAAAAUAAUCGACUCAAAAACAUGAGGGGCAUUAAAAUUAAAGGAAAAGAAGAAAAUUGAAAUAAUUGCUGUUCAUUUUUCAUUAAAAACUCAUAUACUCAUAUUCGACCGAAUAUUCAGCCAAAUAUUCGUUUGGCCGAAUAGUUGAAAAGGUCAAUAUUCGGUAUUCGGCCGUUCGAAUACCACUAUUCGGUACAUCUCGGUACAUCUCUAAUCAUAAUCAUGGCAAAAAAAACAGUCUUCAAGGGAUCAUUUAUUUAUCUUAUUUGCUUGAUUUCGACAUUGGUUUAAAAGGUCCCCUGAAUAAAAGUUGGAUUUUGCACAAAAAAAGGAAUUAUAUACUCUCCUCCAACUUUGAAUUGAAAUUACUCUGCUUGAUUAAACAAAAACAAAUAAAAAAAUCUAAUCAGUUUUGAAUGAGUCAUAUGAGGUUAUUGUUAUAGUAUUUUGUAAUUGAGAUGCUUGAUAAAUUUCUAUAAAAUUUAGCAAAUGAUAAAUGAUAGCUCAAAACUUUUAGCUAUUUUUCCGAACUUGCUUGGAGUACUAAAUGCUGUACAAUAAGAAACACAGAAGUCACACAUGAAAGUGCCCGAUACAUAGAAUUGGUACUGCUACCCUGCAACAUAGGACUGUUCGUCAGUAAUGUUUCUUUUGGAUUGGUCAUUAGUCUGAGUUGUUUUGGGGUAAUUUUUGAAAUUCUUAAGCCCUGUCCAAGCAACCAAAAGUCACAUAUUUACUUGGAUGAAAGCUUUGAAAGACAAAGAGAAUCAACCGCCCCAUUCCCUUGAGUGAACUUUAUGCACUCAAUAAUGAACUUGAAAAUUGCGAAAGUGAUUAAUAUGUACGCUGUAUGUGACUUAUUUUACCCAAUUCCCAUGAGGGAACUACAUAUAUGUACUCAUUAAUGAACUUGAAAGUUGCAAAUGUAAUUUAUAUGUACGUUAUAAGUGACUAAAGUCACAUAAAGGGCACAAAAUUGCUCAGAACGGGACUUAUUCUGUCCAAUUUCCUUAAGUGAACUUUAUGUACUCAAUAAUGAACUUGAAAGUUGCAAAAGUGCUUUAUAUGUACGUUAUAACGGACUUAAGUCACAUAAAGGGGUUGUACUCCAUUUACCCGAAAACCAUUGCCCUGAAUGAAAAAUCCCCAGAAUUCCAAUCGCCAGAAAGACCCAUUCCCCAGAUUUUUUUUCCCCAGACGAACCAUUCCCCAGAAAAAUUUUCGCCAGAAUGUACCAUUUCCCAGAAAUUUUUUCACCAGAGUGAACCAUGUACCAGAAAUUUUUUCGCCAGAAGAACCAUUUCCCAGAAAAUUGAAAACAUUUAUCCAUACUAGAAAUUAUUAAAAAAAAAAUUGUUACAAAAAAAUGGGGUUUCAUAACUUAAUUCUUUUGCGGCAAAGCCGCAACCAACGAGGAUGAAGGGGCUGAGGCGGCCGAAAGCCGCCGAAGCUCCCAAAUCCGAGGAGGCCGCCGACCCGCCGUCGGAAGCGGCGGCCCUAAGACAUUGGUCUAGGUCUGCCGGGGCUUCCUAGGUCUGCGUGAAAGCUAGGGAUGAUCCCUUAGCACCGUCCGCCACGCGACAGCGUGAAGGACAAAACGUCUUUCAAGUUCGAACGCGCAGCGUGAGGAGUCGGAUACCAAAACGGUUUUUAAAGGACCAUGGUAAGCAUUGAAUCAAUUAAAGUACCCAAACCAUAAACAAAGCACAACAUUGGUUCUAAAAUAAAUUUAGUUGGAAAAUUUCAAAGUCGUAGUUUCAUUUAAAAAAUCAUUUUGAAAAAAUUAAUUUCGAAUCAUAUGAAAUAUACAAGAAUUCAUUAGAAAAAAAAAACAAAUAAAAAUACUAGGGGGAAAAAUCUGGGAUUUGUCCCAUUCUGGUAAAUGUUCCAUUCUGGGGAAAAAAAAUUCUGGGAAAUGGUCCAUUCUGGGAAAAAAAUUUCUGGUAAAUGGUGUAUUCUGGGGAAUUUUUUUCUGGGAAAUGGUUCAUUCUGGGGUUUGAUUUCGGGUGUUUGUCAUUCUGGGAAAAAUUCAUUCUGGGCAAUGGUUUUCGGGUAAAUGGGAUACAAUCACAUAAAGGGCACAAAAGUGCUCAAACGGGAUUUACUAAGUCAUAAAAAGUGCAUUGAAGUGCUUUCAAAAUCACAUCACCACUUCGAGUUUUAGUCUAAGUCAGAACAACAUCUAGGCGUGGUCUUGUUGUAGCGUGUUCGAUUGUCACUACGAACGUCGGGGUUCGAUCCCCAAGCCGAGCAAGUUUUUUUCAAUAAGUAAUUUGGUACUUGACUGAUCAUUCUGAUGCGAUAUAUGUAGGAAAGAAGCAAUUGAGUAAUUUGUCGAGUUUAUAAUCCGGCGCGGCUUCUUGGCAGACCCAUGAACUGAACAUAGUCAAUAAUCAAAAGAAGGUGAUAUGAACCGAUGCCAAGGGAGCAAUUGAGCUAGAGAGAGAAUUUUUUGCCUAAUUUACGAUUUUUGGAAGCUGAAUUAGAAAUCCGCUGGAAGCUGUAUAGAAGAUCAUUAAGACUUGUUAUGGAACUUGGAAGUAUUAAUUAGAAAUUAAAUUUUGAGCUGCAUAGAACGUACAGCCCUAUCAAUGAUAGGGCUGAGUAAGCAUUUUUGUACCUGUUUUAUGGGACUUUUGGUUGCUUGAGUGGGGUCUUAAAAGCUACGUAUGGGUUCAAAACUCAUCCAUGAUUUUCAGCAGAAUUUUUAAGUAACGUUUACAUGAGUAAAAUUGAAGUUUUAUGUUUGUAUCGGAAAAUUGAAUAUUUUGUUCUGAAAAAUCAACAUUAACAUUAACGUUUCUUCUGUGGUACCGAUCCUGUUGAUAGGUUUUGUGCCAAUUUAUAAAUUCUAAGAACUUUUUCGACGACCGUAACUGUGUAUCUUAUUUCCUUAUGCAACUGAAAUACGUUUCUCAGACAAUAUUCAGCUACAACUACAACACUUCAGUUUUCCUUUAUUUAAAGUCUAGAUAAAAAUCCGAAAAUAUAGCUUCUGAAAAUAGACUGUAUAUAAGCUACGAAAUACUAAAAAAACACUUAGUGUUCAAGAAAACUGGAAUUAAAAGUUAUACAUUGCGCACAAAAAAAUGCAAAAAAGUUAUGUAAAUCCGUGCUUUCCAAUCAAUAAACCGUCAAAAAUUUUAAGUCACACAAAUUUUGAAAAGAGGAUUGAAAAGUUGGCUACUUGGUACAUUUUUACAUCUUCAGAUAGUCAAAAUACUGAACACAGAAUUUUUGACAAAUUUUCAAAGUUAGCAGUUUCUCAAACUUUUUGUCAAUCUGCAAUUUCUCAGAUUUUUUUUACAUUUAAAUUGAACUAUGUACUGGAUUUUGAGUAUAUUAAGGCAAGAUUUCCCUGAUAAAUUGAUAUUCACCAGAAAGGCAAUGUCAUGCCGUUUCUCAGUGGUGUAAUAACAUUAGCGUUGCGAUACUUAACACAAAUAUGAUAGAAAGAUAUAGCGGUUUUAUUCAAGAAAGUCAAAUUGGCACUUCAGGAACUCUAUCGGGUGUGAAUUUUAGGGACGGAUGAGGGUCAAUGUGGUUUAUGUGUGUAAACUUAUUCUACAAGUCUCCUGAUCAGAUAAUUGGGAGCAUUGAAUGCUUCUGUCUAAGGUGUGAUGUAAUUUGGAUUACCUAACGAAAAUUAUUCAAACCAAAAACCCUCUUAGUUCUAUGUGGUUUUUCUUAAGACAAUUAAUUCUUUUAACAAAUGUCUGUUGGAAAGGAAAACUAUCUGAAUUCAAAGGUCCGAAAAAAUAGCUGUCAAAAAAAUUCUGAACCCGAAUUUUAAUUUAGCUACGAUAUAACACUGUCACGGUUCAAUCUAAUGAAACAAAUCUAAAUCAAUUGGAAAGCUUUAUCUAUCCCUCUAUUAAUUUCAGUUGGUCCAAACCUCUCCAAACAUCGCUACUGACUGGGAUAUACGCGAAGUAACUAACAAAACCCCAUGUGUAAACCCUGAAUAAAUUGGUCAAUAAAAUGUCUAAAAAAGCUACCAUAGUCGAUAAGAAACCCCAACAAAAUGGUACCUCCGGUAUUCAAAGUUACGGUGCAAUAGACGAUAUAACCGCAGCCCCUUUGUCCGAAUCAACCCCUGGAGCAGGAACAACAGUACCAAACGGAGACCCUGGAGGACCUUCGGGUGGCACGGACCCACAAGCGAUGGAAAAGCGAUCCACUAUUAAAGUAUUCGAGAAGAUAGGCUUUGGCCUAGGCCACGUCUACAAUGACCUGUGCGCGGGAGUUUGGUUCAGCUACACCUUGCUGUUCAUGCAGGGUGCCUUGGGGAUGCCGGCCACCGAAGCCGGUGCCCUGGUCAUGUUGGGUCAAGUUGGUGAUGCCAUUGCCACGCCGAUAGUCGGAUUCCUAACGGACAAAUAUGGCACCAAGCGGCAGUGGCACAUUGCAGGUACCCUCAUCGUAUUCUUCACCUUCCCGAUGAUCUUCUCGUUGUGUCCCUGGUGCGAUGUGGCCCCGCACUGGUGGGAGAUUGUCUACUUUGCCAUUGUGAUAUUGACGUUCCAGUUUGGGUGGCCCAUCGUUCAGAUAACGCAUCUGGCCAUGAUUCCGGAACUGUCGCGAACCCAGAAGGACCGAUCGGAUUUGACUGCGGUGCGCUAUUCGGUAUCCAUCAUCUCCAACGUGGUGGUGUACAUUGUGACGUGGGCGGUGCUACGGAGUCGAUCCACCGGGGAUAGUCAGAUCGGGGCUGCCGAUGCGUACCGGUUUCGGGACAUAGCUCUUAUCCUUACGCUGGUUGGAGUUUCCAUGUCAGUGCUGUUUAACUUUUCGCUAACAUUUAGCGGCUACGAGCAUCGACGGCACACGGCUCUACAGCAUAACGUAAUCUCCGGACCGGGAAAGGAAAGACCCAAUCAACGCAAAUCUCAGGACCCGGAAAAGCAAGCUUUGCUCCGGUCCGAACAACAGCACCACGAUUCGAACGGCGAGCCGGCCGUUGCCGGGUGCUCUAAGCGUGGCGAAAAUGGCACAGUCGUUGGAGAUGGGAUGCUGAAGGAUGGCCAACAUGAUGACGUUGUGCUGCGAAAGCCAAAGAAAAAUUUCUUCAGAUCUCCACUACUGUACCAGAAUGCCUUGCUCUACGUCUUUUCACGACUGUUCAUGACGACAUCACUAGUCUACAUGCCUCUAUGGCUAGACGAACGUUCGCUUCAGCCUGAUCCAGUUCAGAACAACGCCAGCGUCGAACAUUUGGCCACGGUCCCCUUAGUAUCUUUUCUGGCUUCUUUCAUUGCCUCUUUGGUGCUCAAAUACUCCAACAGAUAUGUCGGCAACAGUUGGAUGUAUCUGGUGGGAUCAGCCGUCAGUUUAAGCGUCUGUACCUGGAUCGCUCUCUCAACUCAGGCGUCCACGUUCAGCACCCUUGAAUUGUUAGUAAUAGCGUCACUUUUCGGUGCGGGCAGUUCCAUCACAAUGAUCAGCAGUCUCUGCAUAACAGCCGAUAUGAUCGGCAAGCAUGCAGAUCAAGGUGGUUUCAUCUACUCGGCCGUCACGUUCACCGAUAAGCUGAUCACCGGCAUAGUUGUCGUCAUCAUUGAAUCCAUGAAAUGUCACGAUCGAGCGGACUGUCCCGAUUAUUAUCGGAGCGUGCUAGCUUACGCUUGCGGAACGGCCGCCGGACUGGGAUGUGUGACAUUGGCAUCACUGGCGUGCACUAGACCACGGGUCCAGCGAAGGACUCAAGUUCGAUAACGACGAAUCUGACCAUUGAUUGUCCAAACACGUCGUGGCCAUGUGUAGUUAAAGCUGUGUUAUCUAAGUAUUUUAUUUUGCCGUCUCUUCUGUUUAUCCAUUUUUUAAUGCAAAACUAGGUUAAGACGUGUACAUUACUAACUUCGGAUAGACAUUCCAGUUUCUUUUAAUAUACAUUAUAGGAAAAUGAUAUUUUAGAAUAAACUACUUUUUACGAUAUUCGCAAAAUUUCAUAUCCGUUAUAUAGUGCCCUGACCGUGUAGAAAAGAAUUUUAUUCUCGUGAUUCCGAAGGUUUUAUUUGUUUAUUUAUUAGAUCCAUCGGACCAAAAGUCUAAAUGGAUGUGAAGCCAAAAAUCCAUCUGUGGAUAUUGCAUAAACGACACAACAGUUAUCAGCAAGGAAAAGCUAGAACUAAUGGAUUUAAAAUAAAAGGUCUUACUUAAAAACCGGUAUACAAACAAUAAUCAACUUAGGUCGUGGGCGAAUCACAAACGUAUCUAUCACUGGACCAAUUAAAAUCAAAUUCACUUAACAGAACACUGCACACAUGGCACGAAUAGACUCGUUCUGACCAUAGGCCGUAAGAAGAAAACCAAGCCAGAAGAAAUUCUAGCAAGGAUGUUUGGUGCAUAAAUAGCACCGAACAGCAACUUUCCAACAAACGCCGCCUUCAGGUAUUCACGUCUGGCUAUCCGAGAGGCUAUCCAGAUUCAACCAGGAACAUGCAUCGAUGCGAUUUCGUUAUUCAACCACGUCUCAGUGAGCGCUAUAACGUCGUACUCAGGAUCCGAAAAAUCCGUCGAUUUCGGUGCGCAAACCUGUCUCAUUUUGGUAGUACAUCCGAAGAGUUGAUCUUUUUCUGAGUAACUUUUACGCGAUAUGAGUAUCUGAAAACCCUUAUAACCUUAGUUCAGCCAAAUGUGAACUUCGAAGUUCCAUUUUUAAGUAAGUAUGCGACUUUUGAUUGCUUAGGUAUAGCAGUGCUGCUUCUUUGACGACCAGGCAACCGUACACCCAAUAACUUGUACCAAGAAUCCAGUCACACAUUUCCGAUCGCAUUCGUCACUGACAUAAUCUGCAUCAACGUAAACGUUGGUUUCGUACCAAAACUUCUUACGGGUUCCUCCUGUAGGCCAGCUUGAGAUCCUUGGUCGCCUUAAGGUACCGUAAGGCUGAUGUCAUGCUGAAGCAACAUAGCAACGCAACGCAACGCAACGUUCCAAUAAGAUUGCGUUGCAACGCAUUGGUAUGUCAUGCUGGCGCGACCUGUGACUUUGAAAUUCCCUACAAAUCAUCACUUCUCUACAUCUGAUAACGCUUUGAAUCGUCUCCUUUCUUUCGGGAGCCAUCAAAAACUCAUCAAAUCACGACCCGGAUUGCAAGAAUGCCAAAAUUUGAACCGACAAAAUUCCUUGUUUUUUUUUGCGGGAACUAAGAAUUCAUGAAAAUUUUCUCGCCGAUUAAGAUAUUUUUUAGUUUAUUAUCACAAGUUCGGACAGGUCUUCGUACUAUUGUGCUUAAAACCCGGAAUCACUACUUCAAAUCGAGAAAAAACAAUAUUCCUAUUGGAUUACCUACUAGUCGCGCCACAAAACACAUUGGCAUCAGAUUGGUCGCGCUAUACAAAGCGACCAGUAUGACAGGUCUGCGCGAUUUCCAUGGAGAUCAAAUGAGAGCUGGUUAGUCGUGUGAACGUUGCGUUGUAGGUCGCGUUGCUAGUUGCUUCAGCAUGACAUCAGCCUAAUACUUCAUUUAACAUGCUUCCAUUGUUGUUUCCCUUGCAGCAUCUUGGAAUCGUGCCAAAUAGCCAACCACGUAGCACAAUUCCGGUCUUGAUCCCAACAUCAUGUUAUAAUUAAACCCAAAAACCUUAACAAUUUACUUUAGCAUGUAAUCGAUGAAGAGUAAAUGAGAAAAGAGAAAAUACUAAAAAAGGGAACAUGAAGCCCUGCAAUGCUUUGCCCAAUAAAUGCUCGU